AUGACAUCCGUAAGGAAAAGAAAGAUGAGAAAAUCAUCCCUCGGAAAAGCCACAAGAAGGACGAAAGAUAAGCAAAGGAAAGUGAACAUUCGCUCGAACUCUAUUAUUGCAGCAAAUUGGGAUCAUUCUCUGACCAUGUCUCAAAAUUAUAAAAAACUUGGAUUGAGAUCGAAAUUACAAAAACCUGCUGGAGGUCAAGAGACUGAUUUGAAAAACGUGGUAAAGAAAGCACCUUCCAUUUACCCUAGCUUCGACCAGGAGACUGAUGAUGAGGAUCAAGAACUUGAAACAAAAAAUAGUAGCGAAGAGGAAGAGAAGGUAAAUGAGUCGGAGUUGAAUAGUGAUGGUGACUUCUUAGCGGGGAAAAUACCCGAAGGUGAGGCAAGAAUUCAACGUGACGACAGUGGAAAUGUCGUUAAGGUAGUGUAUGGUACAAUGAAGGCUUUUGACAUUGACCAGGAUGUUUCAGAAAUUAAGGCACAACUCGAACGAGAUGGUAAGGAAUCAAAAACCGAAGUUAUCAAAUUACUAGAAGAAAUUGCCAAUAGGCCAGUUGUGACAAAAGGAAGGGAGCAGAGUGAAAGGGAGGUUGAAUGGUUAGAAAGACUGUAUAGAAAACACGGAGACAAUUAUAAACGAAUGUUUUUUGACAAAGAGCUGAAUAUCUACCAGCAAAGUGAGGCUGACUUGAGGAGAAGGGUACUUAAGUGGAAAAAAUUGCAUAAUAUAAACUGA